UCUGCACGCUUUCCCCACGUCGACGGCGCACACAACCUAUAUAUACACCUUCCCUUGCGCCGUAAGAAAGGCCUUGUGAGAUCAUCGCCUCGUCGUCGAUCGUGGUCUCCGCAUGCAGCCGGCCGAGAUGUGUUCGCCCGCCCGAGAGAUGCAGGAGAUGGACGAGUUCGUGCUGGUCCCUCACGCCGCGGACCUCUGGUCGUACCAACUCGACGAGGACGACGAUGACCACAAGGCGCGCUUCCUCGCCGGCAACGACGAGAAGACGAUCGACGUGAACCACUUCGCCUCCGAGCCCACGCCCAACGCCGCAUUGCAGUGCGCCACGGUGGAGCCGCAGGCGCCGUCCGGCUGUGACUCUGAGAGCGAGGAUUCAGUUGCCGACGAGGAGGAAGCGGUCGACGGCCUGUUGGGGAAGGCGUCGGAUGCUGAUGGUGACGAGGAGGUGGUUGCAGAUCAGGAACCAGAGUGCAAGGAGUGGGAAGGCGAUCACGGCCACGGGUGGCAGCAGCACGCGGUCGGCGUGAUCUGCUCCGUGGGGCUGGCGGCGGCGGCCACCGGCCUGGCCCUUCUGCUCGGCGGCCAGCAGCAGACGCCGCACAAAGUCCACUUCCGGGCGGCCGGUGAUCGCAAGGUGACUAAGGUUUCAGCAAGGCGAGACGCGAGGCUAGAACAGGGGAUGUCGGUGCCGCGGUUUGAGCAUGCGCCGGCCAUGAUCUCGUUCGGGGGUUCCUACGGCGGACACCUGUUUUGAUGGGAUCGUGUGCCUAUCGAUCGUGUCGUGCCCGUGCAGAACUCUGGUCCAUAUUACCAUGUUACAUUAUACUACGUAAUUAGGAAGCAAAUUCGUCGACUUGAUAGAAAUAAGGGUAAAUUUGAACGCAGUUCGGUCUGUAUUUUGGUGCUUACAUUUAACCCGGAGACAGCCCGCGGUGAAAUUAGUGAUGCUCCAACAGAUGGAAAUAAACACAUUGGUGAAAAGUAAACGAUUCCUUCGGGUGGAAGCUCGUGCCAGUCGCAUUUCCAUAGUCAUUUCAAGAUAUAUUGUCAUGCAA